AUCACUGCUUCCGAGACCAAAAGUAGGGUUUAUUUGUCAAAUUUUAAAUAAAUUCAAGUUUAUUUAUAAAUAUGAAGCCUGCUAUUGUUGCUGAUGAGAUGUUUCCUGAAGGAGCUGGUCCUUAUAUGGAUCUGGAAGAAGUAGCUGGAGGGUCAACUGGUUUAUUAAUGGAUUUAACAGCUAACGAAAAAGCUGUACAUGGAGAUUUUUUUAAUGAAUUUGAAGAUCUCUAUGACGACGAGGAUUUGCAAUAAAAACAUAAUUUUUGUUAUAAUUUAUUAAUAACAUAAUCAUUGUAAUUACCAAAUACUGUUUGUAGGUACCAAAAAAUGUAAUUUUUAUAUUUACAAUCCAAGAUGUUUUAUUUUAUGAAUUAGGUACAAAAAUGUACACAUGUAUGCAAAGAUAACUAAAUCUAAUACUAGUUUACAAGAAUUUAGUUAAAAAUCUGUAGGUAUAAUAAAAAACUAUUCUACUGCAUCUAUUUUAAUUUAACCUUGGUAUUUUACAUUUUGAACAUAAACCAGGUUCUAUAAUGUACAUUUAUGGGCAUAAAUUUAACAGUGCUGAAUUACAGCACAUAGUAACAAAUGAAAAAUCAAAUUUAAUAAUUAUUUAAGUCUAACUGUAACAUAAUUGUAAUUAUUUGUUUUAUUAGCAAAAAAUACAACUUUGGUAAUAACUAAACAAUAUUCUUAUUAUGCUUAUAUAAAAAGUAAUAUAUACAGUUUUUACAACAAACUA